UAUUGCUUUAAGUUAUAUCAUGCUAUUAUUAUUAUUAAUUAUUAUUAAAUGUAAAUAUAUUUUGUGGAGUAUAAAAGGUGCACUGGACCAAUGCAGCGAAUCAAACCGCCUUCAAUUUCACAGACUCUAAAGCUUAACAAUCAAUCAACAAUGGCGGAAGAUCAUCGGAACAGCAAGGAGAUCAGAGACGAGCCAGUGACUGUAGUCGAUCGUCUCUUCCUCCACCCGCGCCUCCAUCAAGUCAUAAACUGCGCCAUGGUCUGCGACGGCGAGAUUCCCCUCCAUUCCAUCAAAUCCGAGAUCCAAAACUCUCUCCUCAUGCUUCACCCCAAGUUCCGCAGCCUCAUGGUCAGAGAUUCCGGCGGCCGCGAGUACUGGCGGAGAACUGAAAUUGACGUCGACCGCCACCUGAUUUUCAUCCACCGCCGCCUCUCCGACGAUUCUGACGAAGACGCCGUGAACGAUUACCUCGCCGAUCUCUCUCAUUCGUCGCCGCUCUCCGCCGACAAACCGCUGUGGGAAAUCCACCUCCUGGUGGCGCAUAAAACUGUGGUUUUCCGUGUGCACCACGCGCUGGGGGACGGCGUCUAUUUAAUGGCGAUGGUGCUGUCCAACUGUAGAAGGAUUGACGAUCCUUCGCAGACGCCGACGGCUAUUCACUCCGUCAAAACGUCGUCGUUUAUGCCGAGGCGGUGGAGCGUUGUAACGCUGUUGAAGACUGUUUGGUUUACUGUGCUUUAUGUUUUAGAGACGACGUCGACGUUGCUCUGGAGAAGAGAUAAAAGGACCGCCGUGAGCGGCGGCGCUGGCGUAGAGCUCCGGCCGCGGAAAUUGGCAACGGCGAGGUUCCGAUUGGACGACAUGAAAGCCGUCAAGCGUGCCGUUCCAAAUUCGACAAUUAAUGAUGUUCUUUUCGGGAUAACAUCGAGUGGUCUUUCAAGAUAUUUAGACACCAGAUCAUCAACCAACGGAUUGAAAGAAGGUGACCGAAUCACCGGAGCUGUGCCAGUAAAUUUAAGACAACAUGACUCAUCCGGUCUUAAAAAUCUCCAUCCCAACACUCCGCAGGGCAAUAGAUUUGGAAUGAUUCUUUUACCAAUUUAUUACCACAAGCGUAGUUUGGAUCCUCUCGACUCUGUAAAGAAAGCCAAGGCGAUAAUUGACAGGAAGAAGCUCUCGUUGGAAGCAUUUUUCACUUACGUACUCUGCUUUUUGGUCGCAUAUUUCUUUGGGACUAAGCCCUUUAGCAUCUUUAAUUACCGUAUCAUUUGUAACACGAUGUUUACCAUCUCCAAUGUGGUUGGACCAAACGACAAAAUGACACUUUGGGGAAACACUGUCAAGCACAUUCGCGUGACAACGAGCGCACUUCCUCAUGCGAUAAUAAUGCAUAUGGUGAGCUACGCCGGAUAUGCGGACAUGCAAAUUUUGGUAGCAAAAGAUAUUAUUCCAGACCCCAAAAUUCUCGCUAAAUAUUUUGAAGAAGCUUUGUUGGAAAUGAAAGAAGCUGUAGCCGCCGCCGCCAAAUGAAAAUGGCUCGAGGUAGGAGGUAUUUACUUAAGUACUCAAAACUUCUUCCUUGUUCUUAUUUUAGUUAAAUCUACUAUUCCGAUUCUCCGAGAAUAUAUGCAUAUGUGUGUAUGUGCACUUGGAUUUCUAUCAUCUAUUUAAUCUUGCAUUGUCAUUGUAACAAUACAAUCUAUUCCCUCCAUCCCAUAACAAAGUAUCAAUUUUUUCAUUUUAGUCUGUUUCAUAAUAAAGUAUUCAUUUCCUUUUUUUAAUAACUGCACUAUCUACCUAACAUUACAAAUGCCCUUACGACUUACAAUAUAUUACACAAAUGUCAUUACCUUUAUAUCACACAUACUAAUAAUGUUAUUUUAGUCAUUUCUACUUUAUUCUUACUGCAUUCUAA